CAUGCUCUAUUAUCCCCAGAGGUUGUCUGCUGUUUUUAUGCUUUAGUGCGAUUUAAAAAAAACAUCACCUUUCUUUUUGAAAUAGUAUUGCCUCGAAUCAUACAACUGUAGGAAUGUCGGUUAUUUUGAUUCGCAGCAAAUACCCAACACGCGGCCCAGUGAAACUUUGAUUCAUUUCCAGAUUUGCAGCGGGCUGUAUCUAAGGUUAAAAUUGAAAUAUAGAAUAUGACUGACAAUCACAUGAUACGUGGCGAGUCAAAGUCAACAAACAUACCCGAGCUGGUUGUAUUAGCAGUGAAAAGCUACAAUCCAGUUAAAGACGAUAUUAUUGAAGAAGUAGAUAUAGAAAAUACAGAGCCGCAGUUAUCAGAACAGUUGAUAGUGAAGAAAGGCCAGAGAUACACGGUUCAAGGAUCAGUGGAUUGGUGGUUAUUUGUCAAAUGUGAUGAAAGUGGGAAACUGGGAUAUAUUCCAAGUACUUACGUUGUUCCAUUGAGAAAAGAUCUUGAUCCAACCGAACCAAUUGACUUUAGCCAUGGCAAUGUAAUAUCAAUAUCAAUGAUAGAAACCAGUGUAGACUUGAAGUACUUCCCUUCUGCAAGUGCAGGGCAGGAUAGUAGGAAACCAUGUCCUGAAGAUAGUGCUAAUAUAUUUUCAAAGCUGACAUUUUGGUGGUUAAAUGGGUUGGUCUAUAAAGGGUUUAAACGCCCCCUUCUGGAUAGUGACAUGUGGGCAUUAAGGAAGGCCAAUAGAUGUUCAAACAUUGCUCCUACUGUUGCAUUAAAAUGGACUCAUGUCAUGGAUAAUUGCAGGAAAAAACAUUCUAACCAAGAGAUAUCCAAUGGAGUUGCUCAUACACAAGAAGCUGAAACUAAUGAAGACCUGGAUGCAAUACAAACAGAUGAUCAACAAAAAGUAGAAUUUGUCCCAAAGAAAAAGGAAGCAAAGAAAAAAUACAAAGGGCCUUCACUUAUAAAGAUUUUGUUUUCCAUUUAUUGGAAGCGUUUCCUUUUAGUUGCAUGUUUAAAGUUGGUUCAUGAUAUCUGUCUAUUUAUACACCCAAAGAUGCUCGAUUACUUGAUAAUGUUCUCUGAAGAGAAGSAUGAUCCUUCAACAAGAUGGAAAGGCUACAUGUAUUGUUUGGCUAUAUUUGGCACAGCAAUAGUCCAGUCAUUUUGUCUUCAUCAGUAUUUUCAUAAGAUUCUUACAGUUGGAAUGAACUUAAGGACAGCUAUAAUAGGCAUGGUGUACCCUAAGGCUCUCAGGAUUAACAAUGCAUCAAGGAAUAAAUCAACAGCUGGUGAAAUGGUUAAUUUAAUGACAACUGAUGCCCAAAGAAUCAUGGAUCUUAUGGUUUAUUUGAAUACCAUAUGGUCAGGACCAUUCCAGAUUAUUGUUGCUUUGUACUUUCUGUAUGAUACAAUGGGUUUGUCCAUCUUGGCUGGUGUAGCUGUCAUGCUAUUGUUAAUUCCAAUCAAUCUGAUAUUUUCCAAAGUAUUGAAAAAACUACAGGUGGAUAUCAUGUCUAAAACUGACAGUCGUCUUAAGCUCAUCAAUGAGAUGUUGAAUGGCAUCAAGGUGCUUAAGCUGUAUGCUUGGGAAGAAUCAAUGCAUCAAAAAAUCAUGGAAAUAAGAGGCUCUGAACUAAAACGCAUUAGAAGUUCCAUGCUAGUCAACUCCUGCUUUCAGUUCACUUUUACAUGUGCUCCUUUCAUUGUUUCUCUUGCUACCUUUGCUAUUUAUGUCAUGACGGGUAAUGUCUUGACAGCAAACAAGGCCUUUGUAGCUCUUGCACUGUUUCAAAUACUGCGUUUUCCUCUAGUUGUGUUUCCAAACAUCAUCAUGUCCAUAAUCCAGGCACGUGUUUCCAUUGCUCGGCUCGAGAAUUUUCUAAGUCUUGAUGAAAUUGAUGAAAAAAAUGUCAUCCGAAGUAUGCCAGAACAGUUUGCCUCACAAGCUAUUCAUGUAGAAGACUGCACAGUUUCAUGGGACAAAAAGGAUGCUCCCAUUUUGAAAAAUAUCAACCUAAACAUUCCUACAGGCUCGCUAGUAGCAGUUGUAGGACAAGUCGGCUGUGGAAAAUCUACUCUUUUGUCAGCUUUACUGGGUGACACUGAGCGACUAGGAGGGAGUGUCUAUUUAAAGGGCUCUGUUGCAUACGUACCUCAACAAGCUUGGAUCCAGAAUGCAACGCUGCGUGAUAACAUCUUGUUUAGUAGAGGAUAUGAUCGUCGGCACUUCAAACAAACUGUACACAAUUGUGCCUUACAGACUGACCUUGACCUUCUGCCGGCUGGAGAGAUGACAGAAAUUGGAGAAAAGGGAAUCAAUCUUAGCGGUGGUCAGAAACAGCGUGUUAACUUAGCAAGAGCUGUGUAUUUUAAUGCUGAUGUGUAUUUACUGGAUGAUCCAUUGAGUGCUGUCGACUCACAUGUUGGUAAACAUAUCUUUGAUAAAGUCAUUGGUCCAAGAGGARUUCUUCAGGGCAAGACACGCAUUCUUGUAACCCAUGCAGUUCAUUUCCUGCCGCAAGUUGAUCAGAUUGUUGUCCUCCAAGGGGGACGUAUUUCAGAAGUAGGAACUUAUGAUGAGUUACAAUCCAAUCAAGGUGCAUUUGCCGAGUUCCUGAAGACAUAUGCAAAUGAAAAGCAAUUUGAAGACAAUGAAGAGUCAAGCCAUGAURACAAAACAGCGAGCUCAGAGAACCUUGAUGAAAUCCACGUCAAGGAUGUUCCUAGUAGAUGUAAAUCAGAUACCGUCAGUACAACAACUGAAACAAGUGAGGAGGGUAUGGAAAUUCGGAAAGUUAUUGAAGAAGAAACGUCUGAGAUUGGAAGAGUAAAACUAUCUGUUUACUUAAACUAUGCAAAGGCAAUGGGAUUGAUAUUUUUUCUGUUGGUUGUGCUGUUUACAAGCCUUUCUGAAGGAUCUCUUGUUGCGUCCAAGAUUUGGUUGGCUCACUGGAGCUCAAUAAAUGUCACGACAGACAAGGACAGAGAAUUUUAUCUAGGAAUGUAUGGUGGCUUUGGUCUCUAUCAAGCCUUCUUUAUACUUAUCUCAAGUUUGGUGAUGGCCUAUGGUUCAUAUAUAGCAUCAAGAGCUUUACAUGAUCUCUUGCUCUGUAAAUUACUACGUUAUCCCAUGUCAUUCUUUGAGAGUACCCCUCAGGGGAGAAUUGUGAAUCGGUUUUCUAAGGACAUGUUUGUGAUCGACGAUACACUUCCAAGGAUUCUGUCAUCGUUUUUUAGGUGUUUUAUUGAGGUUAUGAGUUCUAUUUUCGUCAUUUCAUAUGCUACGCCUUUCUUUAUCAUCGUGGUGGUUCCUUUGGCUGCGUUCUAUUUGUUCAUACAGCGAUUAUACGUUGCAUCGUCACGUCAACUACGGCGAAUCGAAUCCGUGAGUCGUUCCCCAAUCUACAACAAUUUCUUGGAGACAAUCAACGGUGUUAGUACAAUUAGAGCGUAUUCACAGCAGCAACAUUUUGUUCGUGGCAAUCAGUUUAGAGUGGACGAAAACCAAGUGGCGUACUACCCUUACAUCGCGUCAAACAGAUGGUUGGCUGUUCGACUAGAGCUUGUUGGUAAUCUAGUAGUACUAUUUGCAGCAAUAUUUGCUGUGUCCAAACGAGGUGACAUAGAAAGUGGACUUGUUGGUCUUUCUUUGACUCAGGCAAUGAAGAUAACGCAAACCCUGAAUUGGAUGGUACGCAUGUCAAGUGAACUGGAAACCAACGUCGUUGCUGUGGAGCGUGUGAAGGAAUACAGUGAGAUAUCUACCGAGGCUGAGUGGAUAAUUGAUGAUAAUCGUCCACCUGAAGACUGGCCAGCAACAGGAAACAUAGCCAUAGACAACUUUGACUUACGAUAUCGUGAUAACCUGCCUCUCGUCCUUAAAAACAUCAACUGCGACAUCAAGCCUGGAGAAAAGAUUGGAAUCGUUGGCCGUACAGGAGCUGGAAAAUCCUCACUGUCCCUGGCUAUAUUUCGCGUUCUAGAAAGUUGUGGUGGUAAAAUUGUAGUCGAUGGUAUCGACAUCUCGAAGAUCGGUCUACACGACUUACGAUCCCGACUUACAAUUAUUCCUCAGGAUCCAGUGUUGUUUUCUGGAAGUCUACGUUUCAACCUCGAUCCUUUUGACAAGCACACCGAUGAAGAGCUGUGGAACGUCUUGGAAAUCAGCCAUCUUAAACAGUUUGUGUCUGGUCUUGCAGAAGGACUACAGCACGCAGUUACAGAAGGAGGAGAGAAUCUCAGUGUUGGUCAGCGUCAGCUCGUAUGUCUAGCACGCGCUCUUCUAAGGAAAAGUAAAGUGUUGGUCCUUGACGAGGCCACUGCAGCGGUGGAYCUCGAAACUGAUGAACUAAUCCAAAACACAAUAAGAACAGARUUUGCAGAUCGAACCACGUUGACAAUCGCUCAUCGAUUGAACACCAUUAUGGAUUAUUCACGGAUCCUGGUGAUGGAUAAAGGUUUCGCAAUGKAGUUUGAUAGCCCGUCUAAUCUACUGGAGAAAAGAGGGAUGUUUUAUAGUAUGGCUAAAGAUGCUGGCCUAGUUUAAACGAGGCAGUCAUUACAGUCUUUGUGUUGAACUUGAACGAGUGAGAGUGAACACAGUAUUUAGCCAUUUCCUUGGCAGGGGCUCUGGGAUUAAGAACAUCUUUCAAGGAUUUGUUGAUACAAAUGUAUCAAUAACAAGUAAAAGAGCAAUCUCAGACCAUAUCAGUAAAGCAGCUAAUAGAGUUUGUACUUUACUUAAUGUGCAUUCCAUGUGGGAUGACAAACGCGUUUUGUUAAGUGAUUCGCGCAUGACCAGAUGCCACAUUUAUCUCAAAACGUAAAUUUACAGUCAUUUCCCCCAAAAUCUAAAGGGUUUCAGUUUCAACUGGCGCUGGAGUGUUUUUAGUUUAGACUCAAGAGAGUGUUUUAUCGGGAAUAAAGACAUAUACAAUAGAAGUCUAUCGUUAUACAUAUUUUUUGUUAUUCCUUUAAAAAGGCAUCUGACGAGAUGUGAAUGAAAAAAAAUAUUUAAUAUAACAUGAAAUUUUGUCGUUUAAUGCAGUAUAUUUAGUUUCAAAUGUAUCUCUACAAGUUAUUUAUCAAUUUGUUAUUAGUAAUAUAUUAAGGUAUUGUAGUUUUUUAUGGGAUUUAUGAUAUUAGUAAUAUAUUACAGUUUUAUUACAGUAUGUAUGAUUUAAUGGUAUCUAUCAACCAAAGUUGUUUUUUUCUCAUUCUAAUUUAUUAUCGUAUUAUUAUCAAGAUACAAAUAAAACCUGAUACUAUCG